AGAGCGUUUGGGUCGUGUUCCGUCACAUUGCAGUCGCCUUAGAUCCACUUCAUUCACGGUUUCGUGUCCCUUCUUCGACCUGCCUCAGCGGCUUUCCUGUGACGUUUCGACUCACGAGUCUUCGUGUUCCUUCCAUUUGACAUUUCAUACCCCACCUACCCCCACAUUUAUAUAUACCACGGAUCCACUCGCACCCCACCCUUCACCGUCUCCUCCCCAUCCCCCAUGACCGAGUACGACUAUUCUCCCGCUGCCUAUGAGCGGUAUAUGGCUACCCACAAUCGUGUAUCGAACUGGGUAUCCAAUACCACCCAGCACGCCCACAAGUACUCCAACCCCUUUGUCCCAUCACCAUUUCUGUCAUCUCGACCCCUUCACGAUCAGGCAUCAGACGUAUCCACAUAUCGUCCUACUCCCAUACGCUCAACAACUCUCCCUCAUCGAGAUCCAUCUGACCAGCCUUUCUCUCGCCCUUCUCGAUCCCGUUCAUACUCGCAGGAUGAUCAGAAACCCAGACAUCGUUCUCGAUCACACUCACGUUCUUCGUCAAACCAAAAGGAGGUGUUGUAUACCGUUCCUCCACUCCCCAAGCCCCGUGGAGGACGUCGUUCAGACUCUGUGCCAGUCGUUUAUAGGACUUACGAUGCUAGUUCAGGGGGUCCCAUUUACCUCCCUCCUCCCCGCCCUGGGCAGACAUACUUCGUAGUGCCGCCUCCAGGUGGGAGAGUGGAGUUUGCACAGCAAUCGCCACAGUCAACCUUGAAGUCAAAGCAGCAGCCUUUCCUCAAGCGCUUAUUGGGCAGUAUCAUACCCUCCAACAAUGGGUCAUCUGCUAAAAGCAGCGGUAAGGGUAAUAACGGCUCUGGCAGAAGAUCAAAGCGGCGAUUGACCUAUUAAGCCCAUUCCAUAAUGCAUGCUAUACUCCUCGACGACAGCCACGCAUAUUUGGCUUUUUAUACGAACCUCACGUGUUAUCCAUUCAGGCGUCAGGCCUUACACUCUAAUGCACAUUUAUUUACCUGUAACCCACACUCAUUUUCGUACUUUAUACAUACAGCAUCAUAUUACUUCCUCUCCUUCAACGUCUAUAUUUUUACGACAGCAAUAGAACUUGUAUCAUUUCCGUACCAAUGUCCAGUGUUGAACGUUGAACGGUGCAUAGAG